AUGACUGAGCCCAGGGGUCAGAUAAAGAGUUCAAAUGGUGAAAGCAGUACUGUAAUGGGACUGCAGUCUGCUUCAUUCAACCCUGAUGUCCCAUCUUCCUCUUUGUCUCCAAAACUUGGCCAGAGCAACUUCAGGAUAGUCAGCCGCACACAGGACAGCAGUCCCUAUCCGAUCCCCGGCAUGGCAGCAGACAUCCUGCACAUGCGAGUGAAAGAAGGAAGCAAGAUCCGCAAUUUGCUGCGGUUUGCAACAGCUCGCUUGCAAGGGGAGGGAAAGGACAGCAAUGGGACAUCCUUGAGACAGGUAGUCUUCACUGGCUCAGGUAGAGGAGUCACCAAGACCAUCACUUGUGUGGAGAUUCUGAAACGUAAAGUGGGAGGGCUCCACCAGGUGUCCAAGCUCUACUACAAGAUGGUGAAUGAGAUUUGGGAGAGUCCACAACAGGGAGCACCGGGUAUAACCAUGCAAAGGACAGUCCCUGCUAUCUGUAUCCUGCUCUCUAAAGACCCUCUGGAUUCCCAAGAGCCUGGAUACCAACCCCCCCAUAGCCUGCGUGUUCCCACAGAGGAUGCAGAGAGUAAUAGAGCUCUACUCAGGCCAGCUCAGCACAGUCCCUCCUCACAGCACACAGCCAAGAGAGUCUGUCUGGAUGACUAG